AUGUACCAUUACCCAAAUUACCCAAAUUACCAAAACCAGUAUCAGCAACCACCGCAGCAGCAUUAUUUACCACUGCUAUCCCAAGUACAACAACCACAACCACAACAACAACAACAACAACAACAACAACAACAACAACCACAACAACAACAGCAAGUAUACCAUCAACAAAUUUAUCCUCCACCCCCACCACCAUCUCAUUUGCUUCAUCAACCUCAACAACAACAACAACAACCACACCCAAAUUAUAUAACCACUACAUCUGCACAGCCACUUACACAGCCACAAACACAAUCUACACAUACACCACCACCACCACCAGGUAUACUCACAAGCUUCAAUAACAAUACAAACACACAACAAAAUACACCCCAAUCAUCAGUUUCUCCACAAAAGCAUGAUUUACACUCAAAUUCAAUACCAAGAAGAAAAAAGAACUCUAGACGUAAACAUCGUAACUCACAUUUAGGCUGUGGAACAUGCAAGAAAAGACGUAUCAAGUGUGACGAAUCAUUACCAUCAUGUAUGAACUGUAUAAAGGGAAAACUACAUUGCGCAUACCUCAAUUUGGACAAUAACGCAAGACUGGCUCUAAGAUUAGCACAAUAUAACCAAAAUAUGAGGCAGGAUAAACUAGAACAAGGAAUAAGACCCAUGCCACCAGCACAAGAAUUGCACCACCAGCACCAGCAACAACAACAAAUACAAAUACAACAACAACAACAACAGGCACCAGCACCAGCACCAUCAUCAGUGUCAGUGCCAGGUCCACCUCUUCCUUCAGGACAGCUACAACAGCAUAUGAAUAUGGGUAUACCACAUCAGCAAAUACACCAAACACCACAAGGUCCUGUUCUAAUCACUGGAACCACACCUAUUGUAAUGGCACCAGCUGGAGGUGCGCAUCCACAAGUACAGCCACAAAUAUCAGGCCCAAUUGGUGUGACAACAGCAGCUCCGAUAAUACAAUCACCAUAUGGUCCAUUAGUUCCAAUGUUGACAACCACCGGUUCCAUUGUAUAUACCACAACAACACAACCACAACCACCUCAACAACCACAACCACCUCAACAGCAACAACAGCAACAACAGCAACAACCACAGCAACAACCACAGCAACAACAGCAACAACAACCACAAACAAUGUCAACUCCCCAGAAUAUACAAAUUUUGUCACAGCAACCUAUUCAAACGAUACCACUUUCACACUCACAAGUUGCUGCUCCACCAGCAAACCCUCAAUCAUUAUCGCUCCAACAAUCAGCAACUUUACAAAUACCACAUACUCAACAACAAUUGCCAACUACAUCUCCGGCAUCUAUACACCUGUCACACCUGUCGUACCUGAUGCCAGCACCUCCAGCGCCCUUGGCUCCCUUGGCUCCAACAUCACAACUGUCGCCAUCUACCACGUCCUCUACGCAGAAACCAUCAUCGACACCAAUCACAUCAUCAGCUGCAAACGCCGCUACUAUGGCAUCACAAGCUAUUAAUGUAUCACCACGUGAAAGUACCAAAUUACCAUCAAUUGUGCAUAAAAUCCCACACAUCCCAUCGAUCAAAACAUUUACACCUUCACCUCCAUUACCCCCACAACCACAAUCAUCAUCAUCAUCAACAUCAACAACGACGACGACGACCCUGGCAGUACAGCCACCAAAAAUUGAAAUACAUUCAAUUAGUGGAACACCACAGCCACCUCAAUUGGCAACAAAGAAUAUACAUAAACGAGUGAAGUCAUCUACUUCCUCUCCAGAAAAGUCUCCAAUCUUACCCAGUAUUGCUCAAAUCACCAAUGGCACACACAACUUUGGAAGUGGGAAUGGAAGCAGCUCCAACAGCAGUACAAACAGCACAACUAGCUCAAAUAGCACAAAUAGUCUUGGUGCACACUCUUUCUCAAGACCCAAUUCAGCAAAUCUUACUAAUCUAACCCCAUUGGCCUCAAUACCAAAACUGAGCAGUGGUGUAUCCGGAUUCGGUGGAUUACAUAUCCUGGACAAAAAAAGUGGCAGCGAGGAUAACGACUCCAAAAUUAAAUUGCCAGGAAUUAAUAGUUUGAAAAAAAAUGACGAGGAAAAAGUCUCGAUUCUGAAAUUGAUUACCUAG